AUGGUUGCAAAAUCUGCUAACAAAAUACAUGCAUCUAGUGCUACGAUAAGUACAGAUUAGAUUCUUAGUUAGGAAUAUGCAUAUACUAAGGGUGUAUGCAGAACUUCUACUUUUAACCCUCUUAAGGCUAUAAUCAAGGAUAAUGUUAAUCUAUUUGUAAUCCUUCUUACAUAACAAAUAAAUAGCAGAAUAUUUGCAUUCAAAUUGAGAAGUGUUCAUUUUCUUAUUAAAGCCUUCAAAAUAUUAUAGAUAAUUUGA